CGUUUCAAACUUGUUAAAAAUGCUAAACCUUUUACCGAAGCGCAACCCUGCUAGUUCCCUACUCUAUGGCAAAACGGGUCUGCAGCGCAUCCGUGUUGGUAAGGAACGUAAGGUAGUGGAAAUAGAUCGUAAAACAAUUGAUGAGAUGUACAAGCAUAUAAGGGACGAUGUCGAGCUCCACAAUGACUUCGUGCCCAUGAAACAUCAAAAUUAUAUGGAGUACAAGUUGGAUGGAUACCAUUUAAUCGAGGCAUAUGAGAAUCCUGACAAAUGUCAUAAAUCUCCCUUGGUUGGUGCGCGUUUUUUCGACAAGCUGCGUGAUACGUAUGCUGGAAAACUUCAGCAGACACAUGCUAAAGUGCUUAAAGAAGUAGCUACACCUUUUUUCAGUUACCCAGUCAGGGGUAAGAAUGUGUAAACAA